AGAACUAUUCUUCGGUACUCCGUUGAACUCCUCCGGCGUCUCUCCCACUUCCGGCGAAGUUUCGUUCACCGGCGGAGUGAUGGAGUCGGAAUCUCCGAGAUCCGAAUCUGAAACGCACCCGCUCUCGAACGAAAUGGAUGACCUCUGCCACGACAUGAGUUCCCUCCAAGACCUAGCGAACCGCGGUGCGUGGCGUUCAAUCAUCGACAAAGUCUCACGCGCCAGAGCCCUCUCUCUCCUCCAAAAGCCCCACGACCACCUCACCUACCUCGCCUUCAACGCCCUCGCUUUCACCAAACUGCGUCGUUUCAACGAAGCUUCUGCGGAACUUGAUUCGCUCGAAGACCUCGAUAGCUCUCACUACAGAUACGAAACCUACCCGAAAAUUUACCCUAAUCGGGUCGGAUCCAUGGUCCCUUUUUCCCUCCGAUGGCUCCAUUCCCUAAUUCCCAUAAAAUUGGGUCAACGACAGCAAGGGAUCGAUCGAUUGUACAUUCUCCUCGAUUUUGUGCGCGAGAAGAUGAAGGAGAAGGAGAAGAACAACCUUGGUGUUUCUCUUGGUGUGUGGAGAAAACGAGAGGUUUUUGUUAUGAAUUGUAUAAUUGGGCACCAUUUGAGUCAAAAAGAGUUUGGUGUUUGUUUGAGUUUGAUGAAGGAGCUUCUUUCUCGUGAUUCUUCGGAUCCUUUGUUGGUUUCGCAACUUGGGUAUAUGCAAUUACAAAUUGGUGACUUGGAGGGUGCGAAAGUUUCGUUUUUGAAAGUGGAGAAUGAGGGGAAGAAUAAUGGGUCGUUGAGUGAGGUAGAGUUGAAGAACCUUGUGAAUAGGAAUAAGGCGUUGGUAUAUUUGGUUGGGAAGGAUUAUGUGUCUGCGGUGAGGGAGUAUGAGGAGUGCAUUGAGAGAGACCAAACGGAUAUAGUGGCUGUUAACAACAAGGCUCUUUGUUUGAUGUAUCUUAGGGACUUGUCUGAUUCUAUAAAGGUGUUGGAGAAUGCCCUUGAAAGGGUUCCUACUGUGGCUCUCAAUGAGACCCUUGUUGUCAAUUUGUGUAGUAUGUACGAAUUGGCAUAUGUAAAUCACUCUGAUAUUAAGAGAACGCUUAGUAGUUGGAUUGCUCGUGUUGCCCCUGAUGACUUUGAUGCAUCCUGUACUCGUACAUGAGAAUUAGCGGGUAUGAAGUGUGUUUGCGGCUUUAGUGGGUGCUUAAAGCACCUAGAAAUGAAUCUUGCUUGAAUCACUUGGUAAUUGCUUGUCAACCAUAUGGCACUGAAUUCUUUCUGGGCCUUGUACACACUGCCGUCACAGUACGGGAUAUCCAGUAUGAUGCCUGGAGAAAAGGUACAAAUAUGGAUCUUAAAGGUGUGUUUGGUUCACAUGUUGUUCAUCAGUAAGCUUUCAAAACCUGACAGCGUCAAAAUUGUUUCACAAUUGAGAGACUAAUGAUUUUAGCAAAAAAAACGCUUGCAUUACAUUCACAAAAUUUGUAAAGGACAUUGUAUUGUUUUGGAUUUAGUUUCUUUCUGACCUUACUAUUUCAGUUGUAGCUUAUUCCUUUUGACCUUACUGCAAGUAUUCAUAUUGAUUUUUGCACUUUGCUUUUAUUUUCGCCAUCGUAUCUCCCUUUCCUCUGAUUGAAUAUUAUGGUGGAACAUGAGAUGAAAAUAUUGUACUGAAUGCAUAUGUAACUAACGUCUUCUUUUACUAUAAGGAGCAACAAUUUUUUGGUGUU